AUGGAACUCUGCAGAUUUACACAUCGGAUCUGGCGCAAAGCUUGCUGCGCCGCGGCACACUCGGACGACGGAAAUGCCGGCUCCGGCGGAAUGGACCGUUUCUCAAUCCCGUUCCCGGCCGAUACACUACGCAUCGCCCUGCUAGGAAGGCGACUGAGGGAACAACUUCCGAGAGACACUGUUCACACAUGGGACUCAAGACCUGAACUUGGAAGAAACUCUUGGCGUACGUUUGAUAAUGUUGGCCUCGCUCUUGCAGUCGUCAGCCUGCGGCUUUACUUGGUGCGAACCUCGCCGACGGGUAUAAUCCUAUGCUUCCAUCCGGGAUUUGAAGCUGCACUGAGGAUUGGUCUUGGAUCAUUUCAUAAGCAGCACCAAUCUCCUCACUUACGUUCCUGCCACCUUGACAUCCCCUGCGCUUGA